AUCUCGUGACUUUUCAAACCUGCGUGAGCUGCGUACAGAUUGAAGGCAAUCGCCAGCGAACCCAAGUCGCUUUCAGCAGGCGGUUGGCGCCAUUGGGGAUCUCCGAGUAUUUGAGGCGCGCGCGGCUCGAUGCCAUACAAAACAAUACUUAAGCUCAACAAAUUAGUACUUGCUGUGUUGAAUCAACGUGUGGCUGGCUUAUCCGCUAACGCCUGUCUCGCCUCAAUCAGCCUACCUCACCACACCCUGAACCACAUGUUUCGUCACCACGCCGGUAAAUGGUGAACACCGAUACUGAGAGUACAUCGCAUUGGAACCGUCUGACCCAAGACAUCAAGUUAAAGGUUGCAAGCUAUGUCCACCCCAACGAUGUUGCUGCCAAUCUGAAGAGCGUCGACACCGAUACAGCUGCUGCGCUGCGUCAUCAGUAUGCCAAGCUCACGCUUGGCGAGAAGCGGGUACGCGCUCGCCGGCCGAGGCAAGAGGCACUUGAGCGGGGAAGUCCGGCGGGGAGCUGGGAAGAGCCUUACCGGGCGCAACCGUGGCCCAGCUCCCAGUUCGUUGCGCACUGGGGCAGGCCCGAGCCCUGGCGGUCGCAGCCCCUGCCCCGCCGCCAACAGCUGCUGUGCCUGGCGGCGUCCUCCGGCGACGCCGAAUCUCUGGAGGCAGCCCUGGCCAACUGCGGCUGCGCCAUACCGCCGCAAGCGCUGGCAGCGGCAGCGGCGGCCGGCCACCUGGCCGCGUGCGAGCGGCUGCUGCGCGGGGGAGCCACAGUCUCGCUAAAGUCCGUGAUGGCGGCUGCACGCGACGGACACCUGCCGGUGCUGCAGCUGCUGAUGAAGAACGCCGGAGCCAUGCGGCGGGACCGUGAGGCCUGGCGCGGGCUCAUCGACGGCGCAGCCUGGGCCGCUUGCGCCGGCGGCCACGCCGCCAUCCUGGCUUGGCUGCAGCAGGAGCACCGCUACAGGGUCGAAAGGGAUGCCGUACAGGGCGCAGCGGAGGGCGGCCAGUUGGGGCUGCUGGAGGCGGUGCUGCUGCCGCAGCCGCUGCCGGUGGCCAACACAGGGGGGCCGGCGCCGGCGGCGAAGGCAGCGCGUUACAAGGCGCUCCGCGCUGGCAGGCAGCGCGUGGAGGUGCUCGCGGAGAUUGCGGAGGGCUUCCCGGUGGACGUCAUGCGGCGGUACUGGGACCGCCUGUGGCCCUGGCCGGCUGUGUCCAUGCCUGCCGGCAGCAUGGCGGCAGCGGCUGACGGCAGUGGCGCCGGGGCCGGGACCGAGGCGGAGGCUGGCGGCGGUGACAGCACGUCGGCGGCGGCGGCAGCGGCGGCGACAGCGGCAGCGGCAGCGGCAGCGGCAGCGGUGGCGGCGGCGGCGGUGGCGGCAGCGGCGGCGGCGGCGGCGGCGGCGGCAAGAAACGAGGACGCCGAUGAGGAGCCGUAUGAUGAGGAGCCGUAUGAUGAGGAGCCGUAUGAUGAGGAGCAGAUACACAAGCCGAAUGACGUCCUGGAGGUGUUCAGCGCCUGCGUCGGCAGCUGCACUGGCAGCUGGGAGGCCAAGCUGGCUUUCCUCCACUCAGCCUUGGGGCCGCAGGUUCUGCAGCGAAUGGGCAACAGCCACUUCACUUUGCGCACCAUCCUCGUGGGCGCCGCACGCCACGCCGACUACCUGCCGCGACUCAAGUGGCUACUUGCCGCUGGGUACCCGAUCACACCGGCGAUGGCUGCAAGCGUGGCGGUGGAGGGCGGGCACGCGGACGCGCUGGUGUUCUUGUGGGAUGAGUGCGGCAUGCCGGUGCCCCGGCUGCAACACGGCGCGCCCGGCCACGUGCUCUUGCAGCAGGGCAUCGACGAUGUGCCCUGGCGCCUGCCCGCGGUGCGGCUGCUGUGGGAGCGUCGCGUGCUCAGCACACCCGAGGAGCUGCUGCGCCACAGCGUGUUCCAUUCCGCGGAGCUGCCGGACGAAGCGCUGCUCACGUGGCUGAUGGAGACGGUGCAGGGGGCGUGCGGCGGGCAUGCGGCGGCGGUGGAGCCGCACGCGUCCAAGCUGUUUCGAUUUGUGGCGGGCCGCGGCGUCGACCUGCCGCUGCUGCAGCUGCUGCACAAGCGCUGGGGCGCGCUCAUUGACCUGCAGGCGGUGGCGGCGGGCGGGAGCUUGGAUGCGCUGGAGUGGGCGGCCGCGCAGCCUGCAAGCAGCCUGAAGCGCGCGGUGCUAGCCACGGAUGAGCUGGAGCGCGUGCGGCAGCAGGGCAACCUUGCCAACGUCGAGUGGCUUAAGGCGCGCGGGCUGAUUGACCGCAGCCUGCCUAAAGUGGAUGUCAUGGCCCAGAUGAUGGCGCGUAUGAUGGCGGACAUGCAUGCUUGAUGAACGCGCUCAAGGGUGGAUGGGCGAUGGUGGGAUAGUGGGGCUGGCGUCGGCACGCUGGGUAAAAGGGUGCCACCAUACCGUAGCUGCUGGCCCGCGAGUGCGGGGCUGCGGGCUGCGGGCUGCCCUCCCCCCUAGGCCGUGGCGCGCACGGCGUGGCAGUGGACACACGGCCACAGGGGAUCUCGGCUGCUGGCUGUUACAUGCGCUGGGGCUGGGCUUGGGGUGUUGCGCAGCCCGCCAUCGUCUCCGUGAUGCCAUGGUGACUGAGGGCAUGCGGUGCUUGUUCGCUGUGUAGCAAUGUGUGAGGACUUGAGGAGUGAGGACUAUGCGGUCCACUGGGACCACGCAAACCACCACCGGCACCAAAAGCAUUGUGCCAUCUGAUACGAGUGCGGCGUUGUGAGCAAGGGUCAAGGGUCAAGGGUCAAGUGUGUAGAGCUAAUGGCUGGGGCUGGGGCGCUUGCACUGGCGUGCUCGGUUGUCGGUAGGGGGCCGCCAUGGCGGGGCUUUCGUUAUUGGCAGCAUUCUGCCACUGGGCGGGUGGAGGAGACAGGUAGGUAGUGUGCGGAAUCGUGCUUGUUCGUCGCCUCUGUUUUUUAGCGUCAAGGGGCAGUGAGGCGCGGCGGAACACAUGCGUGCAGCGUGCUUGGGAGUACCGAUAGCCGAGUAUCCCAAAAUAGUCCAGUAGGGCAGCACUCUUGCGGCUUGCAGGACUGGAAGUCAAUGAGGCAAUGCCGGUGACUGAACUGCUGCUGGGCUGGCUGGCGGCGUUGCACGCCGAGGCUUGAGGGUCCACCGACUGCUGCGGCAGCUGUAGUGUUGCUGACUUCCUGUUUUGCAUGUGUCACGGGCCCCGUGUCUAUCCGAA